AUGCUUGCGGGAGGCAGGGUCUUUAGCGUGUUAGACUUGUUUUCAGCCUAUUUGCAGGUACCGCUCUGCAACGAUGCCAAACCUUUACUCACGGUCAACACUCAUCUAGGACUGUUUGAGUACCAAAGACUUCCUUUUGGAAUUGCGAGUGCGCCAGCUAUUUUCCAGGCAAUGAUGGACCAGGUCCUGGAAGGUAUCCCAAAUGUAGGAUGUUAUAUAGACGACAUUAUUGUCACAGGCAGGAACAUAAAGGACUGCUACAAAACGGUCACACAAGUUCUGCAACGAUUAAAUGACUACAACAUCACUCUAAAAGCAGGAAAAUGUCAGUUCUUCCGUGACUCAGUCGUUUAUCUCGGCCACAGGGUUUCAGCUGAAGCAAUCUAUCCGAUAGCAGAAAAAGUGAAGGCUAUCAGGGACGCACCAGAGCCAACCAACAUUACAGAAUUGAGAGCCUACCUAGGACUCCUCAACUUCUACGCCAAGUUUUUGAAGAAUUUGGCAACGGUGGCAGCGCCUCUUUACGAAUUGCUGAAGAAAGACAAACAGUGGCACUGGACAAAAGGGUGCAAGAACGCUUUCGCAAAGACCAAAGAGAUGAUUCUCAGCAGCGAAGUGCUCACGUUUUAUGAUGUGAAUAAGCCAAUUGGACUAAGCUGUGACUCAUCUGCUUAUGGUCUAGGGGCCGUCAUCUUCCAUGAAAUGCCAGACGGAAGUGAACGACCAAUCGCGUUCGCGUCCCGCACACUUUCAAGCAGCGAACGCAAUUAUGCACAGGGCGAGAAGGAGGCGCUGGCACUCAUCUUCGGCUUGCGACGUUUCCACCGAUACCUGUAUGGACGACGUUUCAGCAUCUACACCGACCAUCAACCCCUUCUCGGUUUACUGGGACACGAUAGACCUGUGCCAUCCUUAGCUGCCGCCAGAGUUCAGAGAUGGGCAAUGACACUGGCCGCGUAUCAAUAUCACCUCAAGUAUAGGAAUGGUCGGAACAUGGAAGUAGCAGAUGCGUUAUCGCGCCUGCCGUUAUCCGUACAAGAGAGAAGGGACGAACCAGACUGUUUAGCUGUGUUCGAUGCAACGCCCCUGACUGCAGCGCAAGUUGCAAUGGAAACUAAGCGAGACCCGCUUCUCAGUGGGGUCGUCCAGUAUGCACUAACCGGUUGGCCAAGCAGGUACCCCCAAGAAAUGCAGGCAUUCUUUGCGCGCAGAGAUCAGCUAUCAGUGGAACAGGACUGUUUGACAUGGGGCUACAGGGUCAUUAUCCCGAGGAGCUUGCAGCCUGCCGUGCUGUCGCUAUUACACGAAGUUCAUCCAGGCAUGACGCGGAUGAAGAUGUUAGCGAGGUCAUAUGUUUGGUGGCCUGGUCUAGACAAAGAUCUAGAGAGCACAGUACGGAGCUGCAAAAUCUGUCAAAGUGUUCUUCCGGCAAAGACUGUUGGUCCUUUGCAGCCCUGGUCAUACCCGACAAGAGUUUGGCAUGCUGAUCACCUGCGGAAGCGACGGGCCAUGGCACCAAGCACGUUUCGUACUCCAGAUCAGGACGUCGCAGGUGCUGCGUCUACCCCUCCGAGUAACGAACCCCAAACGUGGGAAAAUGUCGACACAGCGGAAUCGACGUCACGGGAGCCAGGGCAGUUUCAGCACGGCAGCUCACCAAGCCCCAUCCAGCAGCCGGGAUCAGCAACUGGCAGCGGAGACAUGAUGGACAGGGAUAAGAAAACGCCUGACUCCAGCUUCGCUGAGGAAGAGGCGCCCAGCUUCUCCGGCUGUCAGUCGUCAACACCAAUGCUGCGGAGAAGCACACGUGUUCGCACGGCUCCCGACAGAUACCGCCCGGACGAUUACACAACAAAGAACUAA